GAAGCAAGAGCGGAAUAUCCCAAUUCUAACAGCAGAGGGGAGGAGGGGGAAACCAACAGCUCCAAGGCCCUUCGUACUAAAACUAAGCCCUCACAUUUACGUGGUGUAAGGGCAACCCGAAGACAGUGAUCGGUGCGUUUUCCACCAAAGCCUGCGUACACAGCUCUGCUGGCGUGGCAGGAUCAUCCUGUGCGGAAUACUAUUGGCCAUACACAACGGGAAGUUGGAAAAAGUCUCCAUCCCAAGAAGAGGGAUAUCAUUUUUGCAAGUUCUGACAGGACUCGAAAUCUGGAAAAAAAUAUAUAGUGAAGAAAGAAAUUGUACAACUCAACUGUAAAAAAGAGAUUGUGAUUUGGGUCAGGGAUGGCGGCGACUUUACCGAGGACCCUUGGGGAGUUGCAGCUCUACCGGAUACUGCAGAGAGCCAACCUACUGUUCUACUAUGAAGCCUUCAUCCAGCAAGGCGGCGACGAUGUGCAGCAGCUGUGUGAGGCUGGAGAAGAGGAGUUCUUGGAAAUCAUGGCUCUGGUUGGCAUGGCCAGCAAACCUCUGCAUGUCAGAAGGCUGCAGAAGUCCCUGCGAGACUGGGUUACCAACCCUGCUCUUUUCAAUCAACCUCUGACCUCCUUGCCCGUCAGCAGCAUCCCCAUCUAUAAACUGCCAGAGGGCUCUUCAGGCAGCAGUUAUGAGAGGAACAAUAACACCAGAGAACCUCACGUUAAGGUCCCCAAAAGCAUUGCUGCCACCUGUGUGGGGCCCAGCAGAUCAGAAGCGUCGUCUAGCUCCCCCGUGCAGAGUGGCAGCGAGCCGAGGUUCUGGCAAGGGAGCCACGCUACUGAGAGCGAGCAGAGCCUCUCCCCAGCAGACCUGGGCUCCCCCUCGUCUCCAAGAGAAACCCUGGAGAGUCUGGACGCGGCGGCAGUGCAGUCGGUGGCUGAGUGUGUGGACAGGAUGGCCUCAGCUUUGCCAAAGAUGGACUCUGCAGAGGUGAAAGAGCAACUGAAAAGCAACAAGAAGCUGGCCAAGAUGAUCGGCCACAUCUUUGACAUGAGCGAUGAGGACCCCCACAAGGAGGAGGAGAUCCGCAAGUACAGCGCCAUCUACGGGCGCUUCGACUCCAAAAGGAAAGAUGGGAAGCACCUGACGCUGCAUGAGCUGACAGUCAAUGAAGCUGCUGCCCAGAUGUGCAUUAAGGACAAUGCACUCUUGACCCGGAGAGACGAGCUGUUUGGACUGGCUCGGCAGAUCUCUCGGGAAGUCACAUACAAAUACACCUAUAGGACUAGCAAGUCUAAAUGUGGAGAAAGAAAUGAACCAUCCCCCAAAAGAAUAAAAACAGAGGACCCCUUUUUUGAUAUUCAGGAGGCAUUGCAUACCAUACAACAGAGACAGGAAGCACUAAAAGAGCAACUAACAUUGGCAAAGGCUAAAGGUGAAGAAAUGGUGAUUCAUAAUAUCCAGGUCCAGCUGGAGAGACUGGUGAAAAAGCAGAUGGAGCUCCUUCACAAUGCCACAGCUCAGGAGAGGCUGCACUUCUCAGAGUGGCGUCUGCCAGCCACUGCUUUUAAGCGCAGUACAGAGGAGCACAACUCUAAUGGUUUGUCUGCUGAUAAGGCGACAGAGCGGCAAGUUGAAAAACCAUUAAACCUGAGGGUCCCCAGUCAACAGAGACACCGACAGCAGCAGACAGCAGCAGAAGAGGAGCCUCUCCUGGGAAAACAGCUGUCAAACGAGUUGAAAAGGUUUUAUUCCACCAGCAAGGGGAAAGCCCAGUCUACAGACAACGGCAGCUUCACAGAUUUCUGCCACAGAGUUCUAAACCUUGCUGAGAAGAAGCCCAUCAAAUCAGAACCAGAAGAUUCUAGAUAGCCUUGGAUUGCCUCAAUUUUUGUACUGAACAUGGUGUCUAGUAAAUACUAAACAAGCACAGCUACAGUAGAGCCUUAACAACCAACCUUGCCUCAAACAUGUUUUUGCCAAAGCGCCUGGAACUGGCAGUCCGCUCACAAAGAAGCAAAGAAGCUGCCUAUCACUGGCUGUACAAAUGUUUGCUGGUCACACUUGUUGUUGCUACAGCGGCUGUAUGUAGAUAGAUGUGUUCACAGAGUAAUAUUGUACUGGAGGGUGUUAUUUAAGAAUGUGCUGUGUAUAAAGUACAUUCAUUUACUAGUAAUGUUAUAAAAAGAAAAUUAGUGCAGCCUUGUUCUCUACUGAAUGGUGGGCUCUGGUACAGUUUGUGCUGAAGAUUUUAGCAUUUUGUUUUUUUAAGGUAUGCUUAUGAGUUAGAAGGUAAGAAAAGGUGAUUUUAUAUAUAUAUAUA